AUGCCAGCAAUGAGUGCCUCACACGAAGUAGAUUUUUCCAGCAAGAAAGAUGGUUUUGAUAAUUAUCGCAUGGACUCCGUUAGCUCAUGGUGUAUAAGAGAUGAUGAUUAUGUCACUCCUUGGCUAUUAAUGACAUUUCAAAGCGUGAUAAAAAUUUAUGGAUUUGGCAUUGGCGGCCCUUCCAAUGCUACCAUGGUUUCAUAUCCCAGUAACUUCAAAGUUUUCACCAAACUAACCGAUUGGCAAAGCUGUAGAGUUAAAAAUACUGAUGUGAGUUUCGGAAUUUUUACUUAAAUUCUUGCUUCACCAUAAGAACAGUUUUAAAAAAAAUGAAAAAUGUACGAUUUAGAUCCGUGUUUUUGGACAAUUAUAUUUCUUGUUGAAAAGCAAAAAGUGCGUUACUGGUGUAAAACAACAUCUAGAGGUUUGAAUUUUUUACAAAAGCUGCACAACUGCCGUUGCUGUGGCAACAAUGACGUUUCAAGAUGGCGGAUAUUUUGGCUUUAAAGUAAUCUUACUCGAAAACGACAUCGGUGAUACCCUUUUUCUUUGUAUACUCAAUUACCUUGUCCUCCACGGCAAUUUCAUUUCACGCUUGUUUUUACUGUAAAGUACGUUUCCGCCAUUUUGUUUGUUUUGGGAAAAUCAUUAAUUGUACUGCGGUACAAUUAAUGAAAUAAUUGUACUCCUCUCAACCAAUCAGCAUCCAGUAAUUUUGUCAUGUUAAUAAUAAAUGUGGAAAUAAGCUUAAACACGAAAACGAGGCUGAAGGACCAAGAGGGUUCAUGGCCGCUCAGCCUCGUUUUCGUGUUUAAGCUUAUUUCCACAUUUAUUAGUCAAAAUCCAAAAUUCUUUUUCAUGCAUGUGUUGACGAACGAUGUUCUACUUCUCCUGACUAUAGCCCGUGCCCCCAUGAGAAUCAAACUUGAAAUCUAUUCCAUUUAAGGUGGUCCUAAGUUGAAAACAGUGUAAUUGUCACGUAAUUACCGCAAAGGUCUAUUAAGAGAGCACGCAAUUAGCCAUUCCGAAUUUGAUGAGUGGACUGGGGACGAGUGUUAAAAAGUGCCCAAAUUAAGAAAUGAACCAAAUCACUAAAAUGACCACCUCAAAAUUAGUGAGUAUACAACGUUUGAAGACGUUUACAUGAAUAUCCUUCGAAUAAUAAGCUUUCGAAAAUCGUGAUAUUUACUAUGAAAUGUAUUGCGAUUUUUGUUUUUGGGACGGGCAUCCCAAAAACAAUCUUUUAAUCAGUAAUUUCACAAUUUUCGAAAGCUUAUUAUUCGAAGGGUAUUCAUGUAAACGUCUUCAAACUUUGUAUGCUUUCUUGGUAAUUGAAAAUUUUUGGUAAUUUUUUUAGUAAUUUUUCUUAAAGUUAGUAAUAUUUUGGUUAUCGCAUGAAAUUGAACAAAAUACAUCAUAAUGACACAACUUGUUAUUCAAAAAUCCAUUGAGAACAGUCGCAGGUACAUGCCUGCAAGGCUGUCCAUCCAAAUUGCAAGGGGCCCAAGCUGCCCAGCUGGGUCGACAGAAUCCUGCUGAUUGUGGGCUAGGGACCCGGGGUCCAGGCCCGAUCAUCGCGGCACCAUAUUUGCAUUUUGCACAAUUGCAAUCAAAAAGUACAAGUGAGAAAGAAAAACUGGGAAAAAAUAUAGUUUCAGUGAUGGAAAGCGUUUUACUAAUUUUGUUUUGCUGAUAUGUUUUAUUGAAUUUCAGACCACUUUGGUUGACAGCAGAAUUUUAGUAAUUUUUUCUACGUUUUGGUAAUUUUUUGCAUGCUGGUCACACUGUUAUUAUUAAUCAGUUGUAUACAUUGAACUAUAAAUAAACUGGAAGGCUAACUCAGUGGGGGGAAUUGAAGCCAGUGUAUUUUAGUUUUUCUGAGUUAUGAGCGGAAAUACUCAACACUGAACGUUCGGCUAUAUAUCAAAUUGAAGCUAUUGAAAAACGCUAUUUGGUGUAGAAAUUUCAAGACUUUAGCUAAAAGGGAAAUAUUGAAAAACUACAAACAUAAUUACCGAUACUUUGCCGUUUUGCAGUUGUUUUUGUAUUUUUUAAAUAUUUUUCUUUUCGCUGAAGUCUUGAAAUUUCCACACCGAAUAGCAAUUUUCAAUAGCUUCAAUUUGAUAUAUAGCCCGACGUUUGGGGUCAAGUAUUUCUGCUCAUAACUCAGAAAAAUUAUUUUGGCUUCAUCAAAUCAUAGGCCUUCAUCAUAGCAGUUAGCCUUCCAGUUUAUUUAUAGUUCAAUGGUUGUAUAUUAAAUCAGUUGUAUAUAUAAUAUUAUUUAAUUAGAUUCAUUUCCUGCUGCGAUUAGCUUGCUAUUGCAGGAUUUGAAUCUUGUAUUUUGUCAUGUGUAUUAUUCAAAUAAAGUUGUAAAAUUGUAUUGUAUUAUUAUUAUAUAGUGGUUGCCAGGCGUAUAUAAACCCGGAGAUGUUGUUUAUCAUUAUUUGGAUUCUCCGCAUGAAGCUAUGCAAGUUAAAUUUGUAUUUCAUGGCCAUACUGCACAUCCCAAAUGUGCUCGAGUUGAUAUCAAAGGCUGUGAGAUAGGUAAGAACUUUUGAUUACAUUUUUUUCAAUGCAGACCUACAAAUAAUUAUUUUGUUUGGAAGGACAAAUAUCCAGUCAAGGCAAAAUAUAUAGACGGCUUCUCUCAGACAUAUAGAUGGCUUCUCUCAAACAAUGGACAAAGUACAAUGUUUUAUUCAAAGGCAUAACCAUCCAAGUUGAAUGGUUAUGCUGAUAACAUUCAAAGUCAUUACCAUCCAAGUUGAAUGGUUAUGCUGAUGAUAUUCAAAGGCAUUACCAUCCAAAUUGAAUGGUUAUGCUGAUAAUUAUAUUCAAAGGCAUUACCAUCCAAAUUGAAUGGUUAUGCUGAUAAUUAUAUUCAAAGGCAUUACUAUCCAAAUUGAGUGGUUAUGCUGGUAAUUAUAUUCAAAGUCAUUACCAUCCAAAUUGAAUGGUUAUGCUGAUAAUUAUAUUCAAAGGCAUUACCAUCCAAAUUGAAUGGUUAUGCUGAUAAUUAUAUUCAAAGACAUUACCAUCCAAGUUGAAUGGUUAUGCUGAUAACAUUCAAAGUCAUUACCAUCCAAAUUGAAUGGUUAUGCUGAUAAUUAUAUUCAAAGGCAUUACCAUCCAAAUUGAAUGGUUAUGCUGAUAAUUAUAUUCAAAGGCAUAACCAUCCAAAUUGAAUGGUUAUGCUGAUAAUUAUAUUCAAAGGCAUUACCAUCCAAAUUGAAUGGAUAUGCUGAUAAUUAUAUUCAAAGGCAUAACCAUCCAAAUUGAAUGGUUAUGCUGAUAAUUAUAUUCAAAAGCAUUACCAUCCAAAUUGAAUGGAUAUGCUGAUAAUUAUAUUCAAAGGCAUUACCAUCCAAAUUGAAUGGUUAUGCUGAUAAUUAUAUUCAAAGGCAUUACCAUCCAAAUUGAAUGGAUAUGCUGAUAAUUAUAUUCAAAGGCAUUACCAUCCAAAUUGAAUGGUUAUGCUGAUAAUUAUAUUCAAGGGCAUUACCAUCCAAAUUGAAUGGUUAUGCUGAUAAUUAUAUUCAAAGGCAUUACCAUCCAAAUUGAAUGGAUAUGCUGAUUAUUAUAUUCAAAGGCAUUACCAUCCAAAUUGAAUGGAUAUGCUGAUAAUUAUAUUCAAAGGCGUUACCAUCCAAAUUGAAUGGAUAUGCUGAUAAUUAUAUUCAAAGGCAUUACCAUCCAAAUUGAAUGGUUAUGCUGAUAAUUAUAUUCAAAGGCAUUACCAUCCAAAUUGAAUGUUUAUGCUGAUAAUUAUAUUCAAAGGCAUUACCAUCCAAAUUGAAUGGAUAUGCUGAUAAUUAUAUUCAAAGGCGUUACUAUCCAAAUUGAAUGGUUAUGCUGAUAAUUAUAUUCAAAGGCGUUACCAUCCAAAUUGAAUGGUUAUGCUGAUAAUUGAUUAAUUUUGCUGCAACUUACAAUACAAGAGUCAUGUUAACAGAUCGUGUUAUCUAAAACAUAUUCAGAGUCAUGCAUGUUAUCACAGAGUUAUGUUAUCUAGUAUAUUUAACAGCUAUUCUACGAACUCGAGUCGAAUAUGAGCUGAUAGUCGAUGAGGCGCCUAUCGCUCAUGUUCGACGAGAGUGAGUAGAAUAACUGUUCAAUUAUAUACACAAGGUCUUAAUUCACAGACUUUGCUUUUCGAAUAUUUUCAACAUUUUUCUAUUUUUUUUAUGUUUUUAUCUUCGUUCUUCCGGCCAAUUAUUUUUUCAAAAAAUAUAUUUUUAACCCUUUUAAAUUUUAAACAUUCAUUUGCUAACCUGUAAACAAUUUGUGGGAGUUUUAUUAUUGUGUUUUUAAUCCUUUAAAUUAAAGGCUAUAAAAUGCGAACAAAUUGCAGUCUUCUCGUUCGCAAAACGUCGGAAAUUCAGUUUGAGCCGCCAUUUUGUUUAAUUUUAUCUACUAGCGGGAUAUGAUCUAUUACAUCUGUCAUCACCUUGCAUACCCGUGUGGAUGUUUCGGUGCCAUCACGGUCAGCAAAUGAUCUUGGGAUUUGAGUUACUUGUAUUCAAGUAUAACGUGAACAUCAAGGCCGGAUUAACGUCUCGCGGGGCUCGUGGCAUAUUAUCAGCGCGGGGCCCCCCCCCCAACGACAUUUUAAACACUGAAUUCAGAAAAAAUCAAAAAUCCUUUUGUAUUUUGUGAAAUGAAAAGUUGCCUGGGUAUACUUUGAAUAUUAUCGGCAUUAUCAUUCAACUUGGAUGGUAACGCUUUUGAAUAUUAUAACCGUUCAACUUGGAUGCUUAUGCCUUUGAAUAUUAUCAGCAUAACCAUUCACUUGGAUGGUAACGCCUUUGAAUAUUAUCAGCAUAACCAUUCCAUUUGGAUGGUAACGCCUUUGAAUAUAAUUAUCAGCAUAUCCAUUCAAUUUGGAUGGUAACGCCUUUGAAUAUAAUUAUAGUUCAUUCUCAUACCUAUAGCAACUUUAUACUUAAGGUUACAGAACACCUUUGAGUGUUAAUUUUGCCUAAAAUUUUUUUAUUGGUUUCCAUGAAAGCACUAGACUAUAGUUCUACUACCUGACCAACUUUGAACGAAAAAUGUUGAAAACUCGCAGAGUUAUUUAAUAAAAUGCAUUUCGCUGCAAUAAGAAAAACAUUGAAAAUGUAAUAUUCAAAUUCAAUUUUCUCCCGAAGAAUUUUACGGUAAUUACUGAUUUUCAAACGAGUUGUUCUCCUGCGGGUUUCAGCCCAUUUUUCUCAAAUUUUCACAGGACAUAGCUAAAGACGUCACUUUCAAAAUUGUGUUCGGCUUUGUUCUAAUUUUAGAUAUUUUAAUAAUAAAGAGCAAUUCACUCAAACAAUUCAGAAAUAUAUUGCAGUUGUCAAAGAAAUCGCCAUGUCGGCGGAAUGACGAAAUAAACAAAAAAUUCCGAACACUGUUUUUUAGAACAACUAUUUUACUGUUUAAAAAUGGUAUUUUUCACAAAUACAACUUAAAACCAGCAGGAGCACAACUCAAAAGCGUAACGGUACCGCGAUUUACGAUUUUCCUGAAUAAUUCUUACAUUAUUUUAUUGUUUUUUAAUUUUACAACUUUACCAUAUUUUGCAUGCACUGGCGUACAUUUGGUGAAAAUUUGAAGAAGAGGAUUAAUAAAAGCACCAAAUUGUGCACAGUAGCAUCUUUUUAUGAGUAGAACAACAUGCAAAAGUGGGGCCAUCGUGAAACUGGUUUUUUUAGAGAGUUACGAUGCUAUUUGCAUUAUUUGCUAUUAAAUUCUACUACAACAAAAAAUGUGAAAUUUUGAAUUCAAUCGCGACAAAUAUAACUUGCAUCAUCACAAAGCUUGUAAAAAAACUACAUAAAAGACUUUUAAACAGUUUUUUUGAUUCUUCAAAUGGUUAUUGCUAUAAAUUAGGCACAUUAUCUCGCUAAAAGUCUCUAAUCGGCUAAUGAAUUAUUCGAUGUUUGAAAAUGCGUUUUUAACAGUUUAUAAUUCGAAAACUAUUUCAGAAAUCAAAAAACUGUCAAAAUGUCUUAUAUGCAGUUUUUUUAUAAGCUUUGUGAUGAUGCAAGUCAUAUUUGUUGUAAUUGAAUACAAAAUUUCGAUAUGUUUUGGCUAUAAUAGAAUUUAAUAGAAGAAAAUCACUAAUCAGCCGUUUUCAGGAGUUAGCAGCAAAAUAGCGAUGGCCCCACUUCAAAUAUCUAUUAAGCAAAUAAAACUACAUCAAUUGUAAAAGUUUGAUGUUUCUAACCUCAACGGGAACUACUGAUCAAUAAUUUUACACAUAUCCGCCUCACUAGUAGCGAUUUUGCGCAAAACGCCAAAAAGGGUGUCCUGUAACCUUAGGCGUAAAAAAAAAUACCUGUGGUUCCGGUUCCCGACCGACCCUAUUUUUUUCUGCCGACCCUAUUAUUUUUUCAACGCGAUUGACCGUGCGACCCUAUUUUCUCCAGGUGGUUGCGGGCUGCUGCCAAAAUGGCGUCUGUAGUCACACUAAUUAUUGAACCAAAUUGCCUAAAUUCGUCCAUAGGAAAUACGCAUCUCUAGUUAAUAUUGAUGUCGAGACUCUACUGCAAAUCGCCCAGCAAAAAACCGCCAAAACCAUGAAAAAAAUAUUCAAAAAAAAUUUUUAUUUCCGACCUACCGACCCUAAUUUUUUCACGAUAUGAAACCGGAACCACAGGUAUUUUUUUUUUACGCCUUAACAUGAGAGCAUUUUGUUUGUUUAGAUUACUGUAAUGAUUAUCGACCAUGCCAGAACGGGGCGACAUGCAUGAGAAGCAAGAAAAAUGGUUAUCUGUGCCAUUGUCCUUUGGGAUACGAAGGAAAAAACUGCCAGUUUGGUAUGUAUACUCCGAAUAUUUCCUUUUUGAGCCAAGAAUUCAUUCAUUUCAUUUAUUUACGAAGUUUCACACCAUUUUUUUAUGAUAGCAUUUUAAAGAAAAUUCAAAAUUAUCAAAAAAUAACUUAGGCCCUGUUCAUAUGGGCAAAAGUUAUCCCGGUUAAUUAGCGAGAAAACAUUUCGACUAGCCAAAUGAUUUUGUUUUGUUCAUAUGGAGAAACGUUAUCCCGCUUACCGGGUAAAGUUUCCGGCUUGUGAGUAUGCUUGUGAGUUGUGACGUAGCGCUGGUGUGACGCACAAGGCGGGAAAAGAUAAAAAAACAACUUUACAGUAGUGCCAAUAGAAGCGUUCCGAAAAAUGUUGACCAGUUCAUUUCCUAACUUCGAGGAGUUCCUCUGAACAAUUCCUCAACAAUUUGUUAAGUUCCUUAAAAAGUUCCUAACUUCAUGUUUCAUUGACCAAUCAAAUUUUAUAUUUUAGUUUUGAGCAACCUGAUUGGUCAAUGAAACAGGAAGUUAGGAACUUUUUAAGGAACUUAUCAAAUUGUUGAGGAAUUGUUCAGAGGAACUCGUCAAAGUUAGGAAAUGAACUGGUCAACAUUUUUCGGAACGCUUCUAUUGGCACGACUGUAAAUACAUUUUAAAAACAGAAAAGUUGUUGACACGACAGAAAGUUUUUUCGCUAAGCGGGAAAGUUGUGCCCGGUCACCGAGAUCUCGGAGAAAUCGGUGUUAUCGAGUUUUUAUUAAUGGAAAUCCAACAAAUUUAGGGACUGGUCAUAAAGUAACUGCUAGGGUGGGCUGGAGGUAAAUCACUAAUUUUGCCAAUAAGUUUGGUGACCCGUCUUAGGAUGUAGAUAAAAAUUUCAAAGCCCAUCUAAUCUUACCAAAUUUAUUUCAUGACCCACCCACCCAAUCUAAAUUGGGAAAAUACAAUUUUAUAAUAAAAAAAACUUGCAGGUAUGAACAUUGUAAAUAUACACCGGCACUGUAUUGACAUACAUAAUUCCACCAAGCUUGACCAACACAUUCAUCGCCAAUUACGAUACUGAGCUGCUCUCCGGUUGGUUGUGUUUGCUGUGAUUCGACCACUUCUUGUUGUUGUACAUGCAGUUGAAACAAAGUACUGGCUUCAAUAGCAUCAUUUGCAUUUGAUAAUUUGGAUAGUUUUGUUUACUUUUAUUAUUAAUAUCUUUAUGUAAUAUAUAAUUAACAUGGGUUUUUGUUUGGUGGCCCAACCGUGGACAUACCAAAAAAUUGGCGGCCCAUCGAAACUACCCAUCCUAAAUCACUCCAGCCCACCCUAGCAGUUACUUUAUGACCGGUUCCUUACUUCGCACAAAUUAUGCAUUGUUACAUUAACUACGAUUAGGAUAUGACUAACAUUUAACGCAUGCAAUUUAAUUAUAACCAAGCCGUGCAAUGGAACUAACGUAUUGUUCAACGGGUUCCAUUGCACGCUCAGCCAAAUGGUAAUAUACAAUUACUUUAUGGUUAUGGUUUCCGUGUUUGGAUGGCCUGAUCCAAACACGUGGGAAUGUUGCGAGAGUUAAGAAAAGCGCGCGACAAAAUAACAACUUUCCGUGUUAAAAUUUCACUUUAAAAAACUCACUUUAAAUUUCCGUGUUUGGAUGGCUUGGCCAAACACGGGUUUCGAUCAAUCAGAGCACGCGUUAUAUACAUGUAUUAUUUCCGAUUGUGUAAAACCAAUGGACCUUUAAUUAACCUUGUAACUAAAAUUUUGAUCUAGACAAGUCUAGACAAAAAUUUCAUCACAGCUUGAAAGAGCGUCACACAAUUAGUAAUAUUCCGAAGUUUUGUUGCGAAAUGUUGUAAAAUAUAGCCCUGCGAAAUUUGCAAUUUACAGUAAUUUUGUAUUACAAACGGGGAAAUUGAUACCAACACCCGAUUGGGGUAUCAAUUUCCCGUUUGUAAUACAAAAUUACUGAAAAACGGCAAACUUCGCAGGGCUAUAUUAUCCGCAUUUUACAACAUUUUUCUAGACUUGUCUAGAUCAAAAUUUUAGUUAUAAGGUUAUUAAAGGUCCAUUGUUGGGAAAAUACGCGCUUAUAUACAUUGCACGUUGAUACACGUUGCGUUUUAACGCACAAUGUUGCCGUGACGAAAUUAAUGCGUGAAGCGUAUCAUUUAUGAACAGUUUAAACGAACAUUGGUUAUGUUACGUUGAAAAUUAUCAUUAAUUAAAAAAAAUCGAAAUGAAUGACGUCAUCUUUACUCGGUCGACUGUCAUUAUGAAGUCAUAGAUUCGAUAUCGGGUAGAUAUUGUUGUAUGAAUAAUCGGUCAUCGGUAAUUUCCGAUUGUGGCACAAUCAGUCAACCACUAUUGCCCGCGAAGAAAUUGAUUCAAUUUUGGUUAAAUUUGGAUGAAAAUUUGUUGAGAAAUGGGCAAUUCCAGCUAUGGACUAAAUUUUGAUCUUAGCAAGAAGAAAAAAUUAUCACCACAACUAGAAAGAGCAUGUUAAAAUUAGUAAAAUUGCAAAGUUUGGCCGCGAAAUGUUGUAAAAUGCGGCAAAUAUAGCCCUGCGAAAUUUGCAAAUUUUGUAUUAAUUUGUAUUACACGCGGGAAAAUGCAUUUGGGCCGAAAGUGGUACAAAUUCCCGUGCGUAAUACAAAUUAAUACAAAAUUUGCAAAUUUCGUAGGGCUAUAUUUGCCGCAUUUUACAACAUUUCGCAACCUGCAAACUUUGCAAUUUUACUCAUUUUAACAUGCUCUUUCCAGCUGUGCUGAUGGAUUUUGUUCUUCCUGCCUAGAUCAAAAUUAAGUCUAUAACUGGAAUUAUCCUGGGACCGGUUGUUCAAAAGCCGAUUAGCUUAACCCUAGGUUAACUUAAAAUUCAAAGGAAACUUCCUAACAGCUUGUUUAUAAAUUUAGAAAUAUUUCUUCACAAACCAUGUAGUUGGCCGGCCAAGGUGGCAAAAAGUGCCUCUAAAGAGAGUUUGAUGGCAACUUUAUGUUAGAAGCUGGUAACAGGCAUUUUCUUAUAGUUCAAGCCUUGGUGAAUAAGACUGUGUGUGUUACCACUUCUGAUUUUCGCUUUAUAGCAAAAAAAUUGAGAAUUUUAAAAUUUUGCCUAUUAAAUUACUAUGAUGGCAAAAAAUGUAAAAUUUCAUGUUCUCUUAUACAAAAAAUAAACUAUACCACUAGAAAGAGCGCAAAAAACUAUAUAUAAGAUAAUUAAGCGACUAGUGCGAUUUUCAAGCCGAUUUUGAAUUAAGGUGGCUCGAUAUAGUUAUCACGAAAACCCUGCUCAAGAAUCGCGAACUCAAAACCGGGUGACCAUUUUUACGCGCAGGUUGCGGAAACUGAUUAACAAAAUGAAAGAACUUCCAAAAUGACCUGACGUAAGCAGUUGCUCGCGCCAUCUCACGCCAUUGCGCGUGUUCUAUAGCGUUUUAUGUCAAUUGCUGACGUCAUUAGAAUUUUCCAUUUUAGAAAAACAAUGCGCUAUAUCUCUUUAUUUUGCCUGGUGACCUAUGUUCAAAUUUUGCAUGCUGUAUUGCACCGCUAAAAACUUUCAUUAUACAAAAAAUAAAAAAAUUCUGUAAUGCCAAAAAAAUUUUACCGAAGAAUAUGACAUUUUCGCAUUUUCCAAAAAAAUGGCAUUACAGAAUUUUUUUAUAUUUUGCUAAUUGUUAGCUUUUCGUCCAAGUAAAAUAAUGCAAGAAAAAAAAUUGGGGGUCACCAUGCUUCUUUUCCAACUAUACGAGACGAAAUGCCAUUUUGGAGUGUAUUUUGUACACGUAUGUCGUCAUAGCAACGAACUAUCUGUUACUAAAACUAAUAUAAUUUGAAAGUAGAGAUUUCGAAAUAUAUAAAAAAUCCAAUAUCUGCUGAAUAUAUUUUAAAAAUGCGUAGUUUGAACAUUUCAAAGUUUUGAACACCUGAAUUUUUGAAAACUGUAUCGAGCCACCUUAAAGAUGGUUAAAGUUGGCAAAAUGGGUACUAAUUAGCAUUAAUUUGGUCAUUUCAGCAUUUUUUAACAUUAAAAACUCGAAAUAGGAUUGGAAAAAUGUAGAACUCACUUAAUUGUCUUAUAUAUAGUUUUUUACGCUCGUUCUAGUGGUAUAGUUUAUUUUUCGUAUAAGAGCACAUGAAAUUUUACAUUUUUUCCGAUCAUAGUAAUUUAAUAGGCAAAAUUUUAAAAUUCUCAAAUUUUUGGCUAUAAAGCAAAAGUCAGAAGUGGUAACACAUAUAGUCUUGUUCACCAAGGCUUGAACUAUAAGAAAAUGCCUGUUACCAGCUUCUAACAUAAAGUUGCCAUCCAGUUGUACAAAUUGAUGACUUGGCCGGCCGUCUAAUGUCUGGAUCAAUAUAAGUUUUCUUUUCUGACAUUUUGAAAUAAAUGGACAUGCAGAAAUAUGCAAACUAAAACAGUGGGUUAAAUUUUAAACCUGGAUUAGCGCUAAUCCACCUUUGAACAACCGGCCCCAGAUUAGCAAAAGUUUGUCUUGCUUUGAGUGAACUAAAUGUGCAACUACCGGGUGUCCCCCAGAAAACUGGAAACUGUUUGAUUUCAUGUAACGCAAAGGCUAUAAAAACUAUCGCAGUGAAAUAAAGAACAUUGCAUUCAGAAAGGACUAACGUAGAUUGUGAUAUAUACGAUUUGAAUUCACAUGCAAUAUUGACUGCGCUAUUGAUGUUUGAACGUUGAACUACUGUUUUUGAAAAUGCCAAAAAUUUAGCAUAAAACAACCUUAUAAUUACCGACGGUAGUUAUAAACAAUAAAUAUUUUUUUCUUUUGGUUGUAUCUCGCUCAAUAUUGCAUGUAAAGUCAAGUGCUAUAUGCAAUAUAUGAACAACGAGAGCGAGUGUUUCACCGGGAUAUCCAAACACGAGAAAACAAUGUAUACAUUGUUUUCGAGUGUUUGGAUAUCCCGGUGAGACACGAGCUCGAGUUGUUUAUAUGGCUUCUCAAAUGAAUCGAGACGUAACAGAAUGUUUUCGUUUGCUGAUUUGAAUAGAAUUCUUAACCAAGCAUAACGUAAUUAGGAAUUCUAUUCAAGUAAUUUUGCAUGCGUAAUUAAGAUAUUUGAUGAAAACACUAGUGACUUUCAUCAAGUUUCACCGGGUUAUCCAAAUGCACGGCAUCUUGUGAUCAAAUAGGUGAUUAUCAUUGGCUGAAUUGCUCAUGAAUUACUUAAUGAAUUUGAGAAGUACUAUAUCCAACACUCGCAAAUGUUCUUCCUCCGAUUUCUAAAUACAGACAAGCAGGUUGAAAAUACGGCUGUAAUCGUCCACUUAUUUCUAAAUACAGAAUUGACAUACAUUUGUUUUGAAUUUCCUUCAUGAACUAUUAAUGAGUUUAAGAAAUCAACAUCUAAUUAGUUAGUCCUUUCUGAAUGCAAUGAUCUUUAUUUCAUUGCGAUAGCUUUUAUAGAUUUUACGUUACAUGAAAUCAAACAAUGUCUAGUUUUUUUUUGGGGGGGGGGGGGACACCUGGUACAUUGUACAAUUUAUGUCGUCUUGCGUUCGAAUAUACCUUCUACAAAAUACCAAUCUAAUACUGUACUAAAAGUAUAUUUUUCGUUACUUGUAGCUACGAAGAUUGGAAUAUGUAUUCCACCUCUUGGCGUUGACUCACCUGCAAUAAUACCAGAUGACCGUAUAACUGCAGCCACAGCUAUUGGGGGUUUUGAGCCUAAGUAUGCUCGACUCAAUGAACAAGUGAAGGCCUAUUGUGCGUGGCCAAGCCAGGAUGGCACUUUAACGAUCACUUUUGACAGUCCAACAUUAGUUUUAUCCCUUCAAAUGAGAGGACAUCCAACGGAUCUCGACUGGGUAACAAAAUUCCAGGUGCGCGCUGCCGGACAGUGGCUUGAUUUGACUGGUAACACCGAACAGGGAGACCAAACUAUUUGGCGACCUUUUUUCAAUAAUGAAACCUCGAUGCAAUUCUCAAUUACACCAAUUGAGUCAAAAAUGAGGAGAUGUAUGAGAGUCGAGUUAUUUGGAAUCAAUGAAG